GUAAUGGAUACGUACCUAAAAUGGCGGCGUCCUUGCAUAAGAAAAUAUUGUCGAUUGCGUGUGAGCAGGUGAAGUCUGCAGCUUGCCGGACUGCUGUGUCGAGGAGCAUACACUCAUCUGCAGUGUGCUAUAAGAAUUACGCGGCUCGCAUUCGUGUGGGUAAAGGCGAUAAACCGGUGACUUAUGAGGAGGCUCUGCACCCUCACCACAUAGGUCAUAGAAAAGGGUGGCUUUCACAGCACACGAGCAAUCUCCAUGGAGAGGGUGGCACAUCAGAUCGAGUUGUGGAAGACGUCUUCAUUAGGCGCUUCAUGUUUGGCACUUUUCAUGGGUGUCUGGCUAAUGAACUGGUCAUCAAGCGCAGGGGCAACAUGCUAAUCAUUUGUGCUUUAAUGCUACAGAAGCUGCCGCCACAAAAAUACUAUUUUUUUAUCGGAUACACUGAGGAAUUACUUUCACAUUUCUACAAGUGUCCCGUAAAGCUGGAAAUUCAGACACUAGAGGACAAAGUUGUCUAUAAGUAUCUAUAAUGGCCAGUCCUAGGCUUGCUUUGGUAGAGAAGUGAGAGUUAGUGUGGUGAAUACAGUUACUACUGUAAUAGGUGUAAAUCUGAAAAUCAGGUGAAGCAUGCUUACAUAUUUGAUAUGCUAUUGUCUUGUGUUCUGUAUAUGAGCUUUGCAAUGUCAUAAUUCCAUUAACAUUGAAAAUAAAGCAAUAUCUUAACAUCUUUG